UUUAUUCUAUUGCUGCGCAGACUGUCGUGCAAGUGGUUCGUCCAAGAUGGACGAUGUACUGAAGUUAGUCGAAGAAAAUCCUUAUUUAGAGAUAUUUAAUGAUGAUUCAGGGAAAGAAAAGGUGAAAUGUAAGCUGACUGGUCAUCAGUUACCAUGCCGAUUAUCGGACGUCGUCACUUAUACCAAGGGUAAAAAGUAUCAGAGGUUACUAAAGGGUUUGGCUGUGAACGACAAGGGACAUGAAGAAACAGAUGGCUGUUCUUUGGACAAGUAUAAACAGUACUUAGUUCCAGCAGAAAAGAAUAAGAAUCAGUUGUAUUGUAAAGUAACCAAAAAACUUAUCAAUGACAUUCCUUAUCAUAUCGAAUUACAUGUCAAAGGGAAAAGAUUUCAGAGAGCACUAAAAACAUAUGAAGAAAGUAAAAGUGAUGAAACUCCAAAUGAAGGUGAAGAUGAGUUCAAUGUAUGGGAGCCGUCAGACAAAGAAUCCACUCCUGAGCCAGACAUUGAUCCAUUACCAGAUAGUUUUGGUGAGGAGAGUGAUGAAGAUGAGGAGAAGAUGGAUGACAAGGAUGGGAAUGAUGAUGAUGAUGAUGAUGAUGAUGAUGAUGAUGAUGAUGAUGAUGAUUUUAAUGAGCAAGACAAAAAGAAAGAAUCCAAUUCUAAUGAGACAAAUAAACAAAAUGAAAAGAAAAUGAAAGGCAAUAAAAAUACAAAUGCCAAAAACAAGUCAUCUAACACAAGAAAGAGAAACCUUACGGAAGAAGCCAGUGAACAGAAAGGAACCUCGAAGAAAGUAAAGAAACAAUGUAAGAGUAAAGUUCCUUUGCGCAAAAACCUCAGAAGAAAAGCAAAAAAGUAGAGGAUGUGAAAGUAAUGAGACGUCUACGAUAUAGGUACAUAAACAAUAAUCCAAGUCAUCUAAACACUAGUGUUUUGUUUAACAAAACGAAGGACAAUAGCUGACACUUGUUUGGUCCUUAUUUGUGGAAGUCGUAUAUAUAUCUGUCAUAUUUAAACGCCUAAUGCCUUAUGCUAGAAUGAAUAUAGACCUCUGAAAGCCAAAUAGCGUAGCGGAGUGCUUCUCCUAACACUUCUCUCCUGUUCUGCCAACCCCCGCGUGCUUUAUGACAGCACACAGCACGCGCUUUUUUUUUUUCAAUUUCUUCAGUAGAGUUUUUUUUAGUUUCAGUACGGUCUCCUUUUAUUCGAGGGUUUUCUUCACAUAUUCAUCCCCAAAACUUAUUUCGAUUUGAUCUGUGAGUUAGUCCUGCAGAUAACUCCGGAUCUUGUAGUUCCAGGGUUCGACAAAAAGUAAAUCUUCUGGCUAGGGCGUCUGGUGAUAACGAUUAAAAGGCAGUUCAAGAACUGGAUUUUUAUUAA